AUGCUUGCCGAUCCAAGCCAACCCGCCGAAUGGAUGCGCGGUGCCUGCGCCGAGACUGCGCUGCCGCUCGCCUGCCCGUACCGGCCAAUCCUCCGAGAAUCGUGCCUACCUCUGCUCGAUCCUUGCCUGGAUCGUCUGCGCCGCCCCUUCCGCAAGAGGGCGGUAGAUGUCAUCGGCUCAUCAGUAGCAGAACUGCGCAGCCAGACAAAGGAUGAAGCCGGUGCGGGUGCCAUCUGGCUGGGCUGA